GCGGGGGUGUGGUUACCAAAAUCGUCGGUCGUCAUGUGAUCAGACACGGAAGUAUUUAACCGAGUGGCGCGAGAUUUUCCGAAAACGAUAUUAUUCCUUGCUGACCAUCUGCUCUCAUUAGUACCUUGAGGUCGACAAGAUGAAUUGCGGUGCCAAAGUAAGACCGGGCCAAGCCAAGAACAACGAGAACGCUAAAGUGAACCUCAAGAGUCUUUUAUCUCAAACAUCGAAGACCACAAUGAGUUCUUCCAGGCCGAAGCUGCAGGUCCUACAGCCCUUGGCCGUCAACAGCAGUUUGGGGAAGACCACACAGGGCGUCAUCCCCAAGCGUAAACAGUGGCUGGCCCAGCCAGAUAGAGGCUUGAAAAGGGUAAAGGUGGAAGUGAAGUCAACACAGACCGAAAAUAUUUCCAAUUCAAACAACGAAGCCUAUGAGCUCAUGAUCAAAGAAACUCCUCCUCCUGCUUACUGGAAAGAAGUGGCAGAAGAGCGUCGCAAGGCUUUGUUCAAAGUUCUCCAGGAGAAUGAGAAACUGCACAAAGAUAUCGAGGCCAAAAACGAGCAGAUCGCUCGACUGAAGAGCGAGAAUGACGAACUGCGCGAGCUGGCCGACCACGUACAGUACAUGGCUGACAUGAUUGAGAGGCUGACUGGGAAGGGACCAAACAACCUGGAAGAAAUCAAGGGCCUUGCACUGAAUGAAGAUGAAAAUGAUGUGGCAAAGGAGGAAGAAGCUGAAACCGAUGAGGAAGAUGAACCUGAUGAGGAUGAUUUCAGUCCAGGAGAAGCUGAGGAACAAACUUGAGAUGGUGAAAUACCCCCCCCCCCCCUUUCCAUAUGAGACAGUUUAGUUGUUGAACUUUUGAAGAGCGGUGUCCUCAGACACGUGAGCAAAUGAUUUUUCAUUUCCUUCCCAACUUGCUAGUCUUUGUGAAAGCGAUGACUUGUUUUUGUGCAUUUGGUGAAAAACGCUUGGAUUUUUAUUUAAAAUUUUUUUUUGGGGGGGGGGCGGCGGAGUGGGAUCUACAUGCCAUUUUUAAAUGUUUUACGCAAUAUGUCCAAUGUCAUGUUUGUAAAAUGUUGUACCUUGAACCAGGGAGGUCACAAAGGUAUGAUUAAAAUUGUCAUGAGACCGUC